UGCCUCCAUGUGCACGGCGGGAGGCGGCCACAGGGGGGCAGCCUUGCGCGCGCCCUGCUGGGCUCGCUUCCGGUUGCGCAGGCGCAGGAGUCCGCGUGCCGGCCGUGGGCUGCAGUUUUCAGGAAAGAAAAGAUCCUAUUUGCUGUGUGAAGAAUGGAUUGAAAAAAAGAAGGGGGAGAUCAGGUGACAAACUGUUGCAGAAGCCCAGGUAAAAUGCUGGUGGCUGGGACCAGGGCUGGGUACCAAGGAAGGGGAGGCACAAAUAGAUUCGUACGUGGUGAUUGGCUAGUUUAGAAGUUAGGGGUGGAGCCAUGUCACGUGCACUGCGACUUGGGUGCCUGGGUGGGUUGUAUUCCUGUCAGAGCCAGAGCCCUGGAGAAGGGCCCUGCCAGCGACAGGGCAGUGAGCUCUCAUUAUGGACAUCCUAGACUUUGAGGCGCCAGCCAAGGAACACGUAAGAGAAAGAUGUGGGUCACAGUAGAGACCUGGAAGUCACCAGGUUUACACCGUCACCAGCACUGCGUGCGUGGGUGAGAUUGCAAGGCGUGGGUGAGAUUGCGAGGCAGGGGGCUGGAAUGGAAAGGUGGCAUGCAGCAGAGCAGUCACCCUACAGGGGUGCCACCUUCCGCCCCCACCUGCUUCUGUAUGGCCUGCAACUGAGGAAUGCUUUUUAACUUUCAGUGUUGGGGAAUAGAAUCAAGAGGACUCCUCUGUGACACAUAAAAAUGAUAUGAAAUUCAAAUAUCAUUGUGUGUACCUAAUGUAUGGGAGCACAGCCACGCUCAUUUGCAUAUGUAGUGUCUGGGGCUGCUCUCCCACUCUGGCGACAGGUCACUGUGACAGGGACAGCCUGUGGCCUCUCAUCACCUUGCAUGGCUGCUCUGCACCACAGGUGCAGGUGAUGCAGUUACCGCUCCGUUGUAGCUUCUGGGCCCCAGACCUGAAUGUUUCCUAUCUGGCCCUGUACAGAAAUCACUGUGCUGGCCCCUGACCUAAGUUCUAAGUCACCUGUUUUAUCCACUUGUUUGAGCCCCUUCGGAGGGUCGGGUGCGGGUGAGAGGAGCUCAAGGCACCAUGAUACCCGAGUGGUAAGGUCGUCACAGUUUUCCAUUGAAGGCCCUGAACAUGACAGGAGGGGAAAGGCCAGAGGGAAGGAUGCGGGCCUGGAAUUGUGCGGAGCAUGCAUGGCACAGCAGGAAGUCCAGAAGCUAGAGGAGCGCCCUGAGGAGGCUGGGCGUGGAGCCGUGACCCUGAGCAGUCUGCUGGGGGAGGCGGAGAGUCCUGAGUCUCCCAGGGGCAGGAAGAGGUCUGAGCAUGGUCCAGCCUUCAGAGAGGUCAGGGGGAGCCCCCAGAGCACAGUCUCCUGGAGCCAGGACGCGGCUGCAGGAGGCGGGGGUGACUGGCCGAACUCCCUACUGCUGAGAGGUUCGAGAUGAGGGCGGAGCCGUGGGCUUCAGCGUGGGCUCGGAUGGUGGGUUCCCAUGUAGAAGCGGGAGAGGUGGGAACAGCGGGUGUAGGUCUCCUCUUAAGGAGUUUGCCGGAAGAGGGAGAGAGAAGUAGGGCAGAGAGGGGAUCACUGAGGGGGAGAGGCUGUGGAGAGGCUGUUUUCAGCCAUGGGAGCGUCAGGGCACUCUGCUGAUGAUUUGGGAGGCUGGGUCCUGGCACAGGGGUCCAGCUGGGUGCCUGCCGGUCCACCACUGUCCCAGGAGAAGGUGGAUUGAGGGGGGGGCAGAGCCUGCCGUAGGGUGUUGGGGGCUUGUGACAGUGCUCUCUGCUUUCUGUUUUGUUUUUUUUUUUUCAGGAAAAUGGGAAACAAGGUCAUGAGAUGAGAGUGAGGUGCCAGAAGCGUGAUGAGAGGGGACCUAGGCCAGCAGACGGACCUGUCAGGUUACUGACCCACUGGAUUGAGAGACUGCCUGGUGGUGGAGCCCCAUCUCUGUUAGAGCAAAUGAGGCAGUGCAGAACUGGGGGGAUGGGUGUGGAGUUUGGGCAAAAGUUCAAUGAAGCAGCGUUUUGAUGGGCUCAAGGCCAAACAGGGCUGCCUGGAAAGAGGUCAAGAUCCCAUCUGGACUGUAAAGUGGGCUCCAGGACCUGGUGUCCUGUGGACUCUGAGGCUCACCUGGAUGUGCAGUCUUGUCUCCAGAACUGCUCCCGCUGGAGGUGGAGGUGGAGGCGGAGGCGGCAUCUCCGUCAGCCCCACUAGCUUCUGCAGGCAGGGCUCCUCACAGGCUUCCAGUCUCAGGGUGUCACGUCCUCGGAGACGUCUUUGGAACGGUUUCAUCCAAGGAUCCUCCCUGUUACUCUGUCCUCGAGUGCUCCUCACAUACUUGUGGCAGAGUAUUUUCACACUGGUGCUGGGGCCAACCAGAACACUGACAUACCAGCUGUCUGAGUGGAGACCUGAGCUGGGAGGAGGCAGACGCUCCUGGAAGGCGAUCCCCGGCGCGCCAUGGACACGAAGCCCGGUGCGGGCCGCCGGGGCCCGGUGCCGCCGGCCGUGGGGCUGCUGCUCUGCGUGGCGCUCCUGGACGCGCUGCUCUACCUCGGCCUCUGCCACGUCCGCCCCAUGCGCUGCCCCCACGGCCACUUCCACCGGGGACCUGCAGGCGGCUGCGCGCCCUGGCUGACCUGCGAGGAGCUGCGGGCGCAAGUGAGGCCGCUGAGGUGCGCCGGACAAGGAGCCGUGAAGACAGUGUUCCUGUCUGAGUGGAAGGGGCACAAGGUAGCGCUCUCACAGCUCACCAGUCUGGAGAUGAAAGAUGACUUCCUCCAUGGGCUGCAGAUGCUGAAAUCGCUGCAGAGCAAACAUGUCGUCACGCUGCUCGGCUACUGUGAGGAGGACGGUGUCAUUCUCACCGAGUACCACCCCCUGGGCUCCCUGAGCAGCCUGGAGGAGACGCUGAACCUGCCCAGGUACCAGGCCAUGAACACGUGGCAGCACCGGCUGCAACUGGCCAUGGAUUACGUGGGCGUCAUCCACUACCUGCACCACAGCCCCCUGGGUCCCCUGGUCAUGUGUGACUCCAGCGACCUGCCCAAGACGCUGUCCCAGUACCUGCUGACGAGCAACUUCAGCAUCGUGCUAAACGACCUGGAUGCCCUGCCCCUGGUGGACCGCAGCUCCGGGACGCUGGUGAAGUGCGGCCACCGGGAGCUCCUCGGGGACUUUGUGGCUCCCGAGCAGCUGUGGCCCUACGCGGGGGACAGGCCUUUUCACGAUGAUCUCAUGCCAUCCUAUGAUGAGAAGACCGACAUCUGGAAGAUUCCAGACGUCUCCAGUUUCCUUUUGGGGCACGUUGAAGGGAGCGAUAUGGUCCGAUUCCAUUUGUUUGAUAUUCAUAAAGCCUGUAAGAGCCGCACUCCUGCAGAAAGGCCCACCACUCAGGAUAUUCUGGACAUGUAUCAGAAGGUUUUGAACCUGCUCAGAGACACCACGACAUCUCAGACAAGGGAAAUGCUGUAGAGCACGCACCAGGCAGCCAGGGUUGGGGUUUAAGGAACAAAUGCAAAGUCGGAGCAGCUCUGUUCUGGCAGCGAGCUUCCUGCCGACCCGCCGUGCGACUCUUCUCCGUCCUCCUGCACAUGGAGGCUCUGCCUCUCCUGGCUCCCUGGCCGGAAGCUGCUGAGGGAGAGCAGACUAGGCUCCACCGCGUCUGGCUCACCUCCUCACGCCUCCAGUGGCCCCUGCAAAGGUUCUGAGAGGCUGGGAGCCUGACCAGUACCUGAGGGAAGUAACAAGAGUGUAGCUGCAAACAGGCUUCACCUACCCUAAUAGCUGAGUUUGUGAACUCGUGAGAAAUGUGUGUGGAGAUUUUAAAUAGUGGCAUGUGAAGGAAACACACAGUAGGUCUCCACAGAAUAUGUUUUUACCAUGUUUUUAGAUGGUAAUCAACAUCUGGGGUCACAGGAGUGUUUGAGGUCUGUGUUGUGAGGGCUCCCCGAGGCUGAUUUAGUGUUGAGUGGUGGCUCUGUGACACCCCUGUGCCGCCGUCCUCCAGCGAGAUAAAGGCGAGCAAUGACAGUGUCCUCUUUGAUUUCUCAGUGGAUAAGGAAUAUAUAAAGCAGCAAGUGUGAGAGAGUGUAUCUACAUUACUGCCUUGGACGGUGCUUGUGAAAUUCUUCUUUAUCUUCUAGUUGGGUUUUUCUGUCCAAAAUUAAUUACUGUGAGCACUUUAUAUCAACAGUGUCCCUCCUUACUGAAAAGCGUCAAACCCUUCCACUUGAGCCGUGAGGUUUACUCCUUCAGAAAGCUCCUUGGUCCCUGUCAUCUUCGUCUGCAGGGUACGGAGGGGCUUGGUGCCCAGUUGUCACUAGUAAGACGGUAAGGCCAGCAUGGCUGGGCACACGCGAGAGGCGCCAUAAUCUCAGGGCUCCCAGGGGCCGGGCCCACCCAGAGACCCCAGCCCAGCUGGCCUGGGAGUCCCAGACUUUGCAUUUCUAACGGUUCCCAGGUGCUGUUGUUCUGGAGACCACGUUUUGAGACCCUCUGUCAGGGAGGGCCUGCACACAGUGAGGGGGGGCAGCAUUAUCAGUAUUAUUCAGACUGUUCCACCUGUGGGUGAUCAGAGAAUACACUUGCCCAGUGUGUUUUAACUGUCAUAAAACCUCCACCACGGCCCACUGGGUUGGCUGUAAUUGAAAUAAGUGCUGGCAAGGAUGUAGAGAGUCCAAUCCCUCAUACACUGCUGGUCUGGGAAAGUAAAAUGGUGCAGCUGCUGUGGAGGAGUCUGGCAGUUCCUCAAAAGUUUAAAAAAUAGAGUUACCAUGACCCAGCGAUUCCACUCCCAAGUAUUUGGACCCAGCCCCAAACCAGCUGGGUCGGGGUAUCUGGGUGGGCCCAGCCCCUGGGAGCCCAGUGAUUCUGGAGCCUGCUCGCAUUCGGGAAGGCCAGAUUGCAGCAGAGCAUGUGCGCCCAGCCACGGCAGCUCGGGAAUGCCCAGGGGGAUUGCAAACGUGUCUACAGAAACACUUGGGCUCAAAUGUUCAUAGCAACAUCAUGACAGAUGAAAGGUGGAAAUAACGCAAAGUCUGUCAGCUGGUGAGUGGAUAAAGAAAACGUCUCUCCAUACAAGGUGUUACUCAGCCGUGAAAAGGACUGAAGCACUGCCCCGUGCCCCCGGGGAUGAACCUUGAGAACAUGCUGGCUCAAAGAAGCCGUGCCCAAAGACCGCAUGUUGUGUGAUUCUGUCCAUGUGAAAUGUCUGGGAGAGACAAGUCCACAGAAUAGAAAGUAGCUUCGUGGCUGCCAGGGGCUGCGGGGGGACGGAGGUAGUGUUUGCUAAUAGGCCGAGUUUCUUUUUGGUGAUGAAAACGUUUGAAAUUAUGUAAUGAUGGUCGCACAACUCAGCAGAUAUACUAAAUUACAUUAAAUUGUAUAAACAGGGCA